CCGGGGAAGUGAUCUGUCGGGACGCUCCCUGCUCCCGCGCGGAGGCUGUGGCCGUCUUAUUUCCUUGCAGCCAUGGCGGUGACUGCCGGCUCCGCGCGGGCCCCGUCGGACUCACAUAAAGUACAGAAAGACAAGGCUGCACAGACUUCAGGGCCCAGGCAGGGCAGCAGAAUGGGGAAACUCUUGGGUUUUGAGUGGACAGAUGUUUCCAGCUGGGGGAGGCUGGUGACCCUGCUGAAUCGACCAACAGAUCCUGCCAGCCUGGCUGUCUUCCGUUUUCUCUUUGGGCUGAUGAUGGUGUUGGACAUUCCCCAGGAGCGGGGGCUCAGCUCCCUGGACCGAAGAUAUCUGGAUGGGCUGGACGUGUGCCGCUUCCCCUUGCUGGAUGGCCUGCAGCCACUACCACUUGACUGGAUGUAUCUUGUCUAUACCGUCAUGUUUCUGGGGGCGCUGGGCAUGAUGCUGGGCCUGUGCUACCGGCUAAGCUGCGUGUUGUUCCUGCUGCCAUACUGGUAUGUGUUUCUCCUGGACAAGACGUCGUGGAAUAACCACUCCUAUCUGUAUGGUUUGUUGGCCUUUCAGCUGACAUUCACGGAUGCAAACCACUACUGGUCUGUGGACGGCCUGCUGAAUGCCCGUAAGCGGAAUGCCCAUGUGCCCCUUUGGAACUAUGCUGUGCUGCGGGGCCAGAUCUUCAUUGUGUACUUCAUUGCGGGUGUGAAAAAGCUGGACGCAGACUGGGUUGAAGGCUAUUCCAUGGAGUACCUGUCCCGGCACUGGCUCUUCAGUCCCUUCAAGCUAGUACUGUCCGAGGAGAUGACUAGCCUGCUAGUGGUGCACUGGUGUGGACUGCUCCUCGACCUCUCAGCUGGCUUCCUGCUCUUCUUUGAUGCCUCAAGGUCCAUUGGCCUCCUUUUUGUGUCCUACUUCCACUGCAUGAAUUCCCAGCUUUUCAGCAUCGGUAUGUUCCCGUACGUCAUGCUCGCCAGCAGCCCUCUCUUCUGCUCCCCUGAGUGGCCCCGGAAGCUAGUGUCUCACUUCCCCGAAAGGCUGCAAGAACUGCUGCCCCUCAAGGCCGCCCCGCAGCCCAGUGUGUCCUGUGUGUAUAAGAGGAACCGAGCCAAAAGUGGCCAGAAGCCAGGGCUGCGCCAUCAGCUGGGUGCCGCCUUCACCCUGCUCUACCUCCUGGAGCAGCUCUUCCUGCCCUAUUCUCAUUUCCUCACCCAGGGCUAUAACAACUGGACGAAUGGGCUGUAUGGCUACUCCUGGGACAUGAUGGUCCACUCACGCUCCCACCAGCACGUGAAGAUCACCUACCGUGAUGGCCGCACUGGCGAGCUGGGCUACCUUAACCCUGGGGUAUUCACACAGAGCCGGCGAUGGAAGGAUCACGCAGACAUGCUGAAGCAAUACGCUACUUGCCUGAGCCGACUGCUUCCCAAGUACAAUGUCACUGAGCCCCAGAUCUACUUUGAUAUUUGGGUCUCCAUCAAUGACCGCUUCCAGCAGAGGAUUUUUGACCCUCGUGUGGACAUCGUGCAGGCCGCCUGGUCCCCCUUCCAGCGUACACCUUGGCUGCAGCCACUGCUAAUGGACCUGUCUCCCUGGAGGACCAAGUUACAGGAAAUCAAGAGCAGCCUGGACAACCACACUGAGGUGGUUUUCAUUGCAGAUUUCCCUGGGCUGCACCUGGAGAAUUUUGUGAGUGAAGACCUGGGCAACACUAGCAUUCAGCUGCUGCAGGGGGAGGUGAUUGUGGAGCUGGUGGCAGAACAAAAGAAUCAGACUCUGCAGGAGGGAGAAAAAAUGCAGUUGCCUGCUGGUGAGUACCAUAAGGUGUAUACGACGUCACCCAGUCCUUCCUGCUACAUGUACAUCUAUGUCAACACUACAGAGCUUGCACUGGAACAAGACCUGGCAUAUCUGCAAGAACUAAAGGAGAAGGUAGAGAAUGGAACUGAAAUGGGGCCUCUACCUCCAGAACUGCAACCUCUGCUGGAAGGGGAAGUGAAAGGGGGCCCUGAGCCAACACCUCUGGUUCAGACUUUUCUUAGACGCCAGCGAAGGCUCCAAGAGCUUGAACGCCGGAGAAAUACCCCUUUCCAUGAGCGGCUCUUCCGCUUCUUGCUACGGAAGCUCUAUAUCUUUCGCCGCAGCUUCCUGAUGACUUGUAUCUCACUUCGAAAUCUGGUAUUAGGCCGCCCUUCCCUGGAACAGCUGGCCCAAGAGGUGACUUAUGCAAACUUGCGACCCUUUGAGCCAGUUGGAGAGUCAAGUCAUUCAAACACAGAUUCUUCAAAUUCUAAUCCUCCUGAGCCAAAUUCUGACCCUGUGCACUCAGAGUUCUGAGGGGGGGCAGAUGGUGGGUACAGAUGUGGGAACAGCCAGUCAUAGGACCACCAACCUAUGCACUGGAAAUGUGAAGAAACUGAUAUUUUAUAUAUUUUUCUUCAUAGUUCUUUUAAAUUUGGAGAGGAUAUCUUAGAGGAGCCAAGAAAGUAAAGCAAGGAUAAGACUUAUCAAUUCCAGGUUGAGGGGCUAGGAGGGGUUUAAAAGCAUUCUAGGAUCAAGGGCUAAGAGUCAAGUUUAUAGGGACCAGGUCCUUGGGGGAAAGAGAUUUAUGUGCCAUGAUAACAAUAAUGCUGAACUAUUCUCAAGUGCUUGUUAUAUGCUAGGUACUGUGUGAAACAUGGUGCCUUCAUUAUUGCAUUUAGCUCUUAGUGACCAUUAGCUCCCUAUUUUACAGCUGGAGAAAGUAAGGCUCAGAGAUAAUAUAAUUUCAAAGACAACCCUCAAAAGAGACACUGAUGGUUUGAAUCUCCUCUGCUCAACUUCAGGUCCUAUACCCUGACUCUUGUAAUUCGCAGAAUCACAGACAAUAAUUAUGAAAUAGUGUUAGCUUAAAACUUGUCUUGUUAAUUACAGGUAAGAUUAGUAUGGUGAUCAGGUUCUAAAUGCAGAGUAAUUUUCUCUUCCCUACUGUUGUGGUUCCUUCAUUGUUCCUAUUAUAGCCAGUUAAGUUUUUCAGUACCAGCUAUGAGAAUAGGUAGGACCAAGUUAAAUAAGGAAAUUUAGAUGAUUGGCACGAGCUCUCUCAUAAUAGGUUUACUAUUUAGCAUUAUUCUAGCCUUUUGUGAGCAGAAAGCGACGUAAAGAGAAUUAGCCAAACUGUGAGAUUAGGGCAUGUUUGCGGUUAUUUUGUAGGCUUCAAAGUACAGGCUAAGUCAGGUGGCACCUCAAUUCCUUGAAAACUCAAAAGCUUGGCAUUGGGCUUAGAAAUAAGAAUGCAUAGAGAAAAAGGAAAAUAAAAAUGCCCCUGCUCUGGGUGCUCAUGGUUUCACAGCAAA